GUUUAGGGGUGUUUGUUCUAACUAAAUAUAGAAAUUACGAUGAUUCUAAUUAAUUUUUGACAACAGCUGUUGUUGUUGUUGUUGUUGAAAUCGAUAAAGAAUAGCCAAUACAAUUGGCAUUCUACUUUUUCAAUUUCAAUGAUUUGCUGUUUCGUUUGUCGUGACGCUUUUCUAUCCUCGUGAUGAUUAAUAUUUUUUUUUCGUAAAAGUCAUAGUUAUGAUUGCAAAACGUUGUCGUUAUGGCAUUCAUAUCCUGUGACGACGAAAUCCUAAACAAUGUACGAUCGUAACAAAUCGACAACGUAUUAUUCAUGAUGACAUUGGUAAGCAUAGCAAUCAUGGCUAUUGAUUACAAUCAUUCUCUUUUUUUCCUAUCUGUUUAUAGCGUACAUUUUUCUUUUGUUUUGCAUUAUGUAUGAAGGAAAUCUUAGUUGCUUAUAACUUAGCUAAUAUCUUUGUGAGGUUUUCAUGAUCAAUGACGACCACAUAUUUAUAAACAAAUAUAUAAACACAUCAACAACAACAUCAAUUAUCACGGUUUAUAUCUUUCUUUCACUAACAUUCUUCUCAUACGAUUAAAUUCUUUAGUAAAGUAUAAAUCUAAAACGACGAAAUAGACAUAAACCUCAAGACAACAGUAGUGGUAGUGGUGGUAGCGGAAGCAUCAAUAACUUUGUUCCAUUAGAAACAAAACAAUAGAACGGCUCAACAAGGAUUGAUUGUCUCAAGAGAACAAGAAACAUUUUCUACGACGCCAUAUACAUGAGAGCAAUAAUCAUCAUCAUCAUCAUCAUCAUUGUCAGCCAUUACAAGCAUUAUAUGUAUAGAUUGGGCGCUUUUUGUCGUGAAUCAAAUUGCUCGUCGUUAUCAUUGUUUUGUUUGCUUCGUACUAUUGAUAUUGAUAUUGUGUAGAUAAACUUUUGAAUCUUAUUAUCUGCUUUCAUUAUUAUCAAAUUUUUUUUUGUUUGAUAUCAACCUAAUAUAUUGUUGUCGUCAUCGCCAUUUUCAAUAUAUACAUCAAAAUAACGUCAUCGACAUAGCUUAAAAUCGACAUACCCGAGGAAAAUCGCCAAUCAUACAAUCAGUUACAAAGAAUAAAAACGUCACAACCAGAAGAAUCGUUUCCUCUGUCAUUUAUUCGAUUCUAUUAUUUUUUUUUUUUUGGCCUCUUCAUCAUUUUUUGUUUGUUUUCCUGAUUCCUUUAUAAUUUCACCGAAUCGACACAACUUUUCUACCUUUUACUUUACGCCAAUAAUCUCUUGAGAAUUUUUUCAUCUUUUUCACGUAUUUUUUUCUGCUUCUUUCAAUUAAAAAGAAGGACAUAUCAAAAAAAACUUUUACUGAUUAAAAUGGCUAUCAAAGCUGCUGUCCGAAUACAACGACAACAAAUCGUUCCGGAGCAACAAUUCUAUGGGGAAGAUUUUAUACUGAUCGAUCAUCACAACUGUCAUCAUGAUGGGCAGCAGCAAAUCAAUACAGGCAAUCGUAAUUCAUUUAUUUGUCGGAUAAUAGAACUGGAGAAGACGAUAUUCUGUCUGAUGUUUCAUCUAAUCGAAACGUAUUAUAGGCCAAUAAUUAAUCAAUUACCAUUAUCGAAUAAUAAGAAUAGCAAUAAAUCAACGAUAGACAUCAACAGACAACUUGAUCGAACUACAACCGGCAAGGAAUGGUAUUGUCAAUAUCGAAUGCCAUCAAAACGUAUUUAUGGUCUCCAAAAAGCAUACAAAAGACAAUUCGAUAAAAAAUUUGACAGAGCUGCCAUACUUUUAAGUGAUAAUUGUUAUUUACAAUUUCAUCGUAAUCACAUUGAUUGGCAACUAGUGUUUGCUCCAAUAUCGGGCUUUCCUUGCUGCCGGCAAUCGAAUACAACUUUAGCAAAGCAAUUGGAUUUUGAUUCAUUGUUUGAUAUUGAAGAUGCCAUAACACAAUCGGCAUAUUUGUUGGCUAACGCUCGUCAGCAUUCUCAAUUAAUUGACAAUCUAAUCCUAAACAAUGCUGAGACAAAUAAUGGAUCAAAUGAUAUUGAAAACGAUGGCAAACAACCUUAUCGACCAUCCAGUCAAUAUGAACUAAUUAUGAAAGAUGACUAUGAUGAUUUCACGAGAUUAGUCAAAAUGAUAGAAAAACUUGUCAAAAUUAAAAGCGAACAAAUGAAAGAAUGUUUAAUGAUAAGUGAACAUCAAAAUAAACCAAAAGAAUCAUUAGGUCUGCUGGACGCUUGGCUUUUUUUCAAACGAAAGUCGAGAUCGUUUGAUCAAACAGAAAAUGAACAUUGCCAUGAAUACGAUGUUAGUCAAGUUCAAAAUCUAAUUGAAGAUUUGCGAAAAGAAAUUGCUUCUUGGGAAGAAUUGAUAGAUGUAAUCAAUAUUUUAAAAUGCUCACCAUCAUUGCAAUGAUGAUGAAUUUUGUUUUCAUUUUCAUAUAAAUUUUUUUUUGUAAUAAAUACUCUAUAAAAACUCAUGAAA